AUGACCAUUGAAACGAUUCAGAGCCAGUUGCCUGUAGGCGAGGUGGCUAAGGGAGCCUCCACUUCUCCCAUUUCCACCACCUUUGACGUGCUGAGUCGAUACUACCUCUUCACUGAUAGUCAUCAGAGGGCUUGGUGGGAGAAUACUGGCUGCCUGCUAGACAAGAUCCUGGCCUCAGCAGGUUAUAGCCCUGCCCGCCGCUUGGAAGCUCUCACAUUUUAUAGUCAAGUUUUGAUUCCACAUCUGGGCCCCUAUCCGUAUGAGUUUCACAGCGCUAUUACCCGGAGCGGGCUCCCGCUGGAGUUCAGCGUUAACUACCAGCAACAAGGAAAUGUGGACCCGGUGGUUCGUAUUGGAUUCGAACCCGUCGCUGCAGCGUCUGGAACAGAUAAAGACACCUACAACCAGACUCCAGUCGUCGAUCUCUUGGACCAACUGGAAAGGCUGAAUAUAUCAGGGUUUGACCCUUCGCUGUUCCGAUAUUUCUUGGACGCCCAUACCGUUAACGCCCACGAAAGAGAGUCGCUGAAGGAAAAGAAGAUCGAAGGGAGCGCCCUGACCUCCCAGGCGGCUUUCGGGUUCGACCUGAAGGAGAACACCAUCUCCGUCAAAGGCUACACAUUCCCUGCUAUCAAAUGUAAUGUCAACGAGAAAGGCUUCGGAAAUUUUAUAGCCGAAUCAAUCCAGCCGCUCGCGGCGCAAAUGGGUCCCACUCCCUCGUUCGAUAUGGUGCACGCUUACUUGGAAGAGACAAACGGCUACAGCCAGUUUGCGUUCUGGUCCUUUGACUGUGUUGACCCUGCCAAAUCACGCCUCAAGCUCUACAGCUCCCACAACAGCGUUGUCUGGUCUAAGGUAGAGGAGAUAUGGACCCUCGGUGGGCGUGCCAAGUCUCCUGUCGUCCAAACAGGCCUGGAGUACUUGAAGGAGUUAUGGCAAUUGACGAAGUUGCCCGAGGGACAUCGUGAUUUUAGCGGUGGGUUUGACGACGGCAAAGAAUCCACCGCCAGUCCAAUGGUGUGGAAUUACGAGAUGAAGAAGGGCGAGGCCAGCCCACUCACGAAGUUUUACUUUCCCAUCCACGGAGAGAGUGAUCAGAAUGUUAUCAGUGGCCUGGCACAGUUCUUGUCUCGUAUUGGGCUUGCAAAAUAUGGUGACAACUACGAGGCCACAGUGCAGCACUAUUUCCCCGAGAGAGAUCUGAGUAAAACGGCUCGUCUGACAUCUUGGAUAUCCUUCGCAUAUACGGAAAAGACGGGGGUUUACCUGAGUGUCUACUACCAUUCAUCCGAUGAGUAUCCAUGGUUGAAACUAGAGGAGGCCGAAAACCGAUGA